AUGGAUAGUGCUAUGUUAAAUCUAUCUGUAACUGCAGAUAUUUCUGAUAAAGAAAUAGAAGAAUUAAAACCCAAUUAUGAAUUUAAAGAAGUCGAUGCUCAUUUAAUUUUAACUGAAAAACAGAAGAACGAUCUCCGUGAAGCCUUCAACCUUCUUGAUUACUCUGGAGAAGGAAAGAUAAAAGCUGAGGAUUUUCGCGUAGCAAUUAAAGCUUUAGGUUAUGAACCAACAAAAGAAGAACUUCAGAAUAUGAUUAAUGGCGUCGAUAAAGGGCAAUCUGGGAAACUGAGUUUUGAAAAUUUCGAAACGGCCAUUAUGAGAAAAAUUAUGGCACUUGAUAGCGAUGGCGAUAUCAUGAAGAGCUUUCGACUUUUCGACGUGGAUGAUACAGGUUUAAUAAGCUUCGAAAAUGUGAAACACGUGUGUGAGAUACUAGGGGAAAAUUUGACUGACGAAGAAAUAGAGGAAAUGAUAGAUGAUGCUGAUAAAGACAUCGAUGGAUAUAUAUCAGUGCAGGAAUUCAUGAGAAUGAUAAAGAACUCUGUAAAAAUUGUAACACCU